GGAAGACGUAUUCCCAAGCCUCGCGUUCCUCUCGCCGGCUGGAGGAGCAAGAAGACAACAGCUUGGUGUGGAUGGAUCUGCAACCGUAAUGCGUUUCCACUCCUUCACCGCUCGCCAUAACUACUAAUCGAGGGAAGGGAGAGCAUCGAGCCGUUCCAGUUCGCGUCCUCGUCUUCGCCGCCAACCCCCUCUCCCUCCUCCUCCCCAAGAAGUGGUCAGCACAGCGGCGGCGGCUGUGUCGGCGUCUCUGUUUGCUCGGCAGGCGAGAAGGCAAUGCCCGCGGCGGGGCCGGGGCCGGGGACGGGGGCGGAGGCAAAGAUGGGGAAGGACAGGGACGUGGUGCGGCUGGAGCGCGAGUCGGUGAUCCCGGUCAUGAAGCCCAAGCUCAUCAUGAAGCUCGCCUACCUCAUUGAGCACGAAAACGACAGGGAAGAAUUCCUCAAGCUCUGCAAGAGGGUGGAGUACACCAUCAGAGCUUGGUAUCAUCUCCAGUUUGAUGAUAUGAUGGAGCUGUAUGCUCUCUUCGACCCUGUGCAGGGUGCCAAAAAACUGCAGCAGCAGAACUUCUCAUCCGAGGAAAUCGAUACACUCGAGCAGAACUUCCUGACCUAUUUCUUUCAGGUGAUGCAAAAAAGCAAUUUCAACAUAUUAUCUGAUGAUGAGGUUGAACUUGCUCAUUCUGGACAAUACCUAUUGAAUCUUCCAAUUAAAGUUGAUGAAGCAAAGUUAGAUAACAAACUUUUGUCAAAGUAUUUCAAGGAGCACCAUCAUGACAACCUACCUGAGUUCUGUGAUAAGUAUGUCAUAUUUCGGAGGGGCAUAGGACUGGACCGCACUAGCGAUUUUUUCUUCAUGGAGAAAGUGGAUAUGGUCAUAACUCGUACAUGGCGAUGGUUGUUACAGAAGACGAGACUGCAAAGGCUCUUCUUGAGAAAGAAGAAGGUCAAGCCAGUGAUAGAUUCCAAGAAAAAUGAUGAUCUAGUUGAUGAAGGGGAUGACAAGGAGCUAUACGUUGAACGUAUACGACUUGAAACAAUGAACUUGAGCCUGCGCAAUUUAAUUGGCAAGGUCACAAUUCAGGAGCCUACAUUUGAAGAGGUGAUUGUCUUGUACAGGAAGAAAAGCCCGAAGGGCCAGGAUGAUAGAGCAAUUCAGGUUAAACACUUCAAAAAUAUUCCGAUGGCAGAUAUGGAGUUGGUUCUGCCUGAGAAGAAAAACCCGAGCCUCACGCCAAUGGACUGGGUUCAGUUCAUUGUUUCUGUUGUUAUUGGGCUUGUUACACUCGUUGGUUCACUCGAAAUGCCUAAAGCUGAUUUCUGGGUUGUGAUUGCCAUCCUUUCUGCUCUGGCUGGAUAUUGUGCUAAGAUCUAUUUCUCGUUUCAACAGAACAUGGCAACCUAUCAAAACCUAAUCACUCAGUCAAUGUAUGACAAACAACUAGAUAGUGGGAAAGGCACACUUCUGCACCUCUGUGAUGAUGUGAUUCAGCAGGAAAUCAAGGAGGUCAUAAUUGCAUACUAUAUAUUGAUGGAAAAUGGAAAGGCUACUGUUGAGGAUCUUGAUUUGCAAUGCGAGGAGCUAAUCCAGGAAGAGUUUGGUUUGCAAUGCAAUUUUGAGGUGAUGGACGCUCUUCAGAAGUUAGAGAGAUUUGGUAUUGUUACAAGAGAUUCUAUUGGAAGAAUUGUUUGUGUUCCUCUAAAGCGGUCCAAUGAGAUCAUUGGUGCUACUACGGAGGAGCUGGUUAUGAAAGCCAGACAAAGCUAGUAAACUCAAUUUGAACCAGGGGGCUAGUAUAUCCUGGCUGGAAGCGGAAUAGUUCUCCUACAGAAGUUGAGGAGAGAGGAGAGACGCGGCUGUGAUUUGGUCGUAGAUUCUUCUGUAUUAUGUAGUAUUUGAAGUGCGGCGUGAGAACUAUUUUUACGUAGAUGUAUGGUGUAAGAAUUAAAAAUCCUCUUCUGGAACAAAUGUGGAGAGAUGUUCAAGGAACUGCUAUGUUUGCACAUUGAUUGAGUUAAUACAGAAAAGAAAUUCCCUGC